UUUGUCCUAAAACCUGUCUCGCAGUCUAUCUUUAGCCACUCGCUGGAUUUCAACAAAGAAUUCGCUGAUAACCCUCCCCUGCGCACCCAUGUUGACUACAAUGACCAGGAGAACGUGGUCGUAUACAAGGGGUUCGCCACCGAUGUGCUUUCGUUGGUGAAGAACUAUGCACUGCUCCCACUUGAGGCACGAAAGACGAUUCUUAGGGAGGUCGGGCUUGGGCUAAAGGACACGCAUGCGAAGAAUUGGAUCCACCUUGAUGUGAAGCCAGAUAAUGUCUUUGUCAACUGGGACAUAGACAAAGACGGGCGAGUCCACUUGUCGAAGGUAGCACUGGGUGACUUGGACGUCGCUCUGAAGCUAGAAGACGGGAAGCUGUUCGAUCACAAGGUAGGAAACGUCAUGUGGCGUAGCCCAGAGGGUCAAUUGGGAAAGGGCGUGGGCAAGCAUUCCGAAGUGUUCUCAUUUGGACUCCUUUGCUUCUAUGUCAUCACGGGCGUGGAGUGGCUCCACGCUGACUUUGAGACGCUGGAGGUUGAACCAGAGUCGGUGAUACUAUUCAAGUUACUUUCGGUCUUUGGACCUCUACCAGACGCGCUCGUUGAACACGUCAACGAUGCUGAAUCGGAGGAGCUCUUGAGAGCCCUGUGGCAAGCAAUAUCAGAGGACGAGACCAACGAAUCGUUCGACAGCUGGUCGUCAAAUACAUUUCCUAACCUCGACAGUGAGAUAAAAAGGCUGAUAUUGAGGAUGACGAACCUCGAUCCCAUGAAAAGGGCUUCGAUGUCAGACAUCAUGACCGAUGAUUACUGGAACUUAAAGAGCGUCGAGGGAGUCCCCAGAGUGGUCAUCGCUCAGGGAUAGCAUUUGAGUUUAGAUCUAGAUACCCCUUAUCGCACUAACCUCUCAUGCACAGCGAAUGAUGCGCAUUGGCUCGAUGCACAGGUAAACAUGUAUCUUUAUCGUAUAUCUAUCUCUAUAUUGAUCUAGAUGGUAUUGUUAGCCGAACCUUUAUAACUACUCAACAGAAUGACCCUUACGCCUAAUAGUACAUCAAGUUUAAUCCAAGUGCUUCCACUUAUUGCAAUUAUAUUCUACAAAACAAUAAACAAAAGAUCCACCAUUAAGGUAUCGAAUACAAACAAUACUUGCUACUUCGGAUUUCCCAUUGAAUUCAACAACAUCAUCUCACUGGCAAUAUCGCUAAUCGUAACCAAGUAGAGAUGUCGUGAGUCCGUGGACCUCCUUCAGUACAAUUCAUCACUGUCUACCAAAUGCCUUUGUUGAACACACACACACACACACAUAUAUAUAUAUAUAUGCAAACAUACCUUCUCUGACU